UUGCUGAAGAAGCGACAGUAGAUUUGGAUCAGGAGAAGCAAGAACCUAAUUUAGACAAUGAAGAAAAACAAGCAACCACUAAAAGAACAGUCAAAAAAAAGAAAAAUUUUUUGCAUAAUUUGCUGGAUAAAUUGAAAUUCUGUUUAGGAACUAUUAUUUGGGCUUCUUUAGGAAUGUUAGUUGGUGGUUUAUUAUUAACCCUCUUUAAAAAUAAAGGUCAACUAAUUUUAGAUAAUACUCCGGAAUUCUUAGACUACUGCACUAAAAGUAAUGGACUAGUCUUUUUUGGUUCGAUUGGUAGUGGCAAGACCGCCAUUUUAGCCAUGUUGGCUCACGAGUUACCGGGAGAAAAUAAAUAUGCGACUUUUCCUUGUAAUCUACCUCAGCGAUUAGGAGUUACUGAAACCAUCUUUUUAGAUGAAAUUAAUUUAUUGUUUAAAGGUAAUAUUGUCCAGGAUGUCCGAGAAAGACAGAGGUUUUUAAUGCAUUUUAUUGCCUUAUCACGGCAUCAAGGAACGCGAUUGUUCGUUAAUGCCCAACGCUUAGGGCAAGUCAGUAUUGAACAACGAGAAGUUACUACCGCCAUUUGUCAAGUCUCACUUUUACAAAAGACUGAUGAGGGAAUUUAUGUUCAGUGUGUGAUUUGGGAAGCAGCAGCUUGA